CCAAUUCAUUUCCCCACCACUGCCCUCAUUUUAUCCCUCACAGACGAAAAUGGUUUUUGGGAGUGGUACAAUAAUCCUUCUUUUACUACUCUUUUCCGUUUUUGGAUAUUGUAAGGCGGCUGAGUGCAAUUUCUUCGCCGGAAGUUGGGUUGUGGAUGAGACUUACCCGCUGUACACUGCGGCGAGUUGCCCAUUCGUGGAGCACGAGUUCAGCUGUGUCAAAAAUGGGCGUCCCGAUUUGGGUUACACAAAGUACAGGUGGCAGCCUCUCCAUUGCGAUUUAUCCAGGUUUGAUGGAAAGCUUUUCUUAGAAAAAUUAAGAGGGAAAAGCAUACUAUUUGUGGGAGACUCGCUUAGUAGAAAUCAGUGGCAAUCUUUGACAUGCAUGCUUCAUUCAGCUGUACCAGAUGCACCUUACACAGUAACAAGGGUUGGAGAUGUUUCUACAUUUACUUUCACGGAAUAUGAAGUGAAAGUGAUGUUAGAGAGAAAUGUGUACUUAGUAGAUGUGGUAAAGGAAGAUAUUGGGAGAGUGUUGAAAUUGGAUUCCAUUAAUGGAGAAUCAGCUAAGCUAUGGGAAUCAGUUGACUUUCUCAUUUUCAAUACUUGGCAUUGGUGGAACCGCAGAGGACCUUCUCAACCAUGGGAUUAUAUUGAAAUAGGGAAAGAAGUGUUGAAAGACAUGGAUAGAAUGAUAGCUUUUGAGAAGGCUGUUACAACUUGGGGAAGAUGGGUUGAUCUAAACAUUGAUCCUAAAAGAUCUAAAGUCUUUUUCCAAGGGAUUUCUCCAUCCCAUUACAAUGGAACUUUGUGGAGAGAACCAAGAGCAAAGAGUUGUGCGGGGCAAACAGAACCAGUGGCUGGCUCCGUCUAUCCAGGCGGGUUGCCGCCGGCUGUGGAUGUCAUGAAGGCGGCGUUAAGCAAAGUAAAAAAACCGGUUCAACUAUUGGACGUGACAGAGUUAUCGUUGUUGAGAAAAGAUGGACAUCCCUCCAAUUAUGGAUUAGGAGGCAGAGUUGGAUUGGAUUGUAGUCAUUGGUGUCUUGCCGGUGUUCCUGAUACUUGGAAUCUGAUAUUUUACAACCUUAUUAUUUUACCAUCUUAAUAUUUUUUUAGAUUUUUUUAAAAAGUCAAUUUUCCUUAUUUCUUAGUGCAAGUUUACACAACACAGAAUGUUUUGGAUAAAGUUAGGGCCCUUUUUUUGGGUCUUAAAGGGAAAUAUUGCAAACAUUUGGGUGGACAAUGAAAGACAUCAUGUUUGGGUGCAACCUUGUUCAAUCCUUUGUUCACUCUUUAUAUUAAGUACAGUUCUUCUA